GUUACUUUUCUUCCUGUCAAUGCAAGUAGGCGUUUGCAUUAAUUUGGGAAAAUCAAAAAUAGGUUGCCGAGGAGUAAUUUAAUAAUUAAAAGACAAAUAGAAAAAUUCAUUUUUACAUUUUCCAUGGAUGCAAAGUCGGCGGUGUCAGCUCUGCAAGAAUUUUGCGCCAAAACCAAGAACGGGCCACCGGAAUAUAAUUACAUUGACGGUGAGGACGGCGGCUUUGUUUGCAAAGCAUCUCUUUUGGAUAUGGAGGCAUUUGGAAAUGGACGCUCUAAGCGUGAUGCCAAGCAUCUCGCUGCUGUCAACAUAUUGCGAAAAAUUCGUAAAUUACCUGGAUGCAGUGAAGCACUAAAUGAUACAGAUGAUUCUAAUGAAUUAACCAAUCUUAAUCGGGAUAUGCUUAAGGAGUUGCGCGAUUAUUGUGUGCGUCAUGAGAUGCCGCUUCCGGUUAUCGAAAUUGUCCAACAAAGCGGUAGUCCAAAUGCUCCCGAAUUCGUGGCAUGCUGCACAGUGGCAUCGAUCACACGUUAUGGCAAAUCUGAUAAGAAAAAAGAUGCACGCCAGCGUGCGGCUAUUGAAAUGUUACAUGUGAUUACCAACGAUGCAAAUAAGGUAACAGAUCCCAAUGGUUUGCAACUGGUUAGCAUAAGUACUGCAGAAGACGAGGAAUCCGAGCGACGUCAGAUAUUUAGCACAUACCGAGAAAUCACCGAUUCCGGCGUAACUGAAUCCAAUGGAGUUCAACUCUGUGAUCGUCACAAUUACUUUAAGAAUUUCCAUAGUCAUCUGAAAUUGGCUGCCCUUGAGAUCCUUGAUCCAUCUAAAGAUGAUGAAUAUCUUAGCGUCAAAGAAAGAGCUCUUAAUGUUAUGAGCGCUUUGAAGUUAACUCCCACGAUUACCACUGUGCCUUCGCUCGGCAUGGAGCCAAUGCUGCAGGUAGAGUUCAAUUGUGAUUAUGAUGCUGUCGUGAUUGGCUUCGAGUCAGAAAUUUAUCAUUUGGUUAUACAAUAUUUUCGUGAUAUGUUAGUCUAAUGGGAAAUCUAUGAUGAAAUUAUGAAUAGCAACCUGGGCGGUUUCUGCUCUCUGUUCACUUUUUUCAUUGUACAUAUAAUUUUUAAAAUACACUAAUUUACUAACUAAAAUUAUUGUUUUGAAAUUACUUUCAUAGAAGAUCGUGAGUAUUUAUGUGAUUCCCCUUGAAAACGUUUCACCCAAAUUCACUGUGAAUACAGUUUGCAUUCGAUACUGAAUAGAUCGUUACACUGUGGCAAGUACUGAGAAAUAAUAUUGAAUGACGUGUCCUAUUUCAUUGCAUUUUGUACAGUACUUCAUUCAAGUGCAUUGUUUGUGAACAAUUUAGAAAAAUUAAGUGUUUGCCAUAUGUCGACCAAGACGCCAGUUUCCGCUUUAGAAGAGUAUUGCUCUAAAUACAAAAAAGAAAAACCACAAUAUGAAUAUAUUGCUGGUGAAGAUCGCAGUUUUAUUUGCCUGUUAAAAUUUGAGAAUAUAGAAGUCUCUGGAACUGCUAGUUCCAAACGUAAAGCAAAACAUCUCGCUGCCGUCAAUGUGAUGAGUAAGCUAAGACUAAACAAUUCUCUGGAAACUGGUGCUAAAUACACAAAUGUGUUGCCGCAAUAUGAUCACAUGAAAAUUUUAAAUGGUGGUCUUGCUUCUGCUGUGAAAACUCCAGUGUCAGCAUUAGAGGAAUUCUGUGCCAAAUUCAAAAAGGGUUCUCCUGAAUAUAAUUGCAUGACAAAUGCCGAUGGUGGCUUUAUAUGCUCGAUUAAGUUACUUGAUAUGGAAGCUCAUGGAAUCGCGUCUUCCAAACGUGAAGCUAAACAUAUAGCUGCAGUUAAUAUAAUGAACAAAUUGAAAAAGCUACGCGGCUUAGAUUUUGAUGAUCUAAUCAAUCCCAAACCGAAUUUGCCAGAUAGUUUGUCUCUACCGACUUUAGAGCUAAAGCCACAGCAAAAUUAUCCAAAGAGUCCACCCCAAUUCCUUGAUAUUCCUCAAAAAUCAUUCAGUGAGGAAGAAAAUGCAGAUAAUGUCAUUCCCGUACUCGAACUUGAUACGGAACUAAUCAGUACUAGUCGGAUCCUGGACGAUGUUAAGCGUGAGCAGAAACAAGUAUUUAAUAUUUAUCGAGAAGUCAAAAAAUCCACUGUACCCAUUGAUUGCAAAAAAGUUUUGCUUUGUGAUCGCCAUAAUUAUUUCAAAUCAUUUCCAUACACUUUAAAGGCAGCUGCCUUUAAAAUUCUUGAACCAUCUAAUGAUGGUAUUUAUUUUAGUGAUAAGGAAAGGGCUCUGAGUCUCCUUAGAGCUUUGAAAUUAACGCCAAAGAUAACCAAAGUGCCAGCUCUUUGUCCUGAGCAAUUUAUACAAAUUGAACUUAUCUGUGAUUACGAUUGCAUCUUUUUGGAUUUCGAAUGUGAUAUCUAUGGAAAUGUCUUGCAAUAUUUUCGUGAAAUGUUAAUUUAAGUAAAUAUAAAAUUUUAUCAAUUUUA